UUUUUCACCUCCAUAUGACCACAUGCGUAUAUGUGCACACACAACGAAACUGCAUGGACAUCAGAGACGUUGAAAGUCAAUGAGAAAGUCAAGCAAGAAAAAUAACUCUUCCCGUGUAAAACACUAAUCCUAGAAAGCAUCAACAACAUCAACGCAUUCAGGUGAUCAAUACUUUUCUCAACCUGGUCAGAUGUAUAUGGAGACUAUGGGAAGGUAACAUUGAGUAAUUCGCACAGCCUCCAAAUAAGCCAAGCCCAAGCUCUGACAUCACCACCUGCGUAUGCUCUGUGGAUGAGGUCAUCAUGAAUCCAGUCUAUAAGAAAAUUGAUGAGAAUGAUGUUCUUGUGGAUCAUGGAAUCCACUACCAUCAACCCCAGAUUUCUGUGGAUGACCAGGAGGACACUGCAGGGCACCGUGCUGUCUACGUCGGGGUGCAUAUGCCCCUGAAGCACAGACACCAUCACAGACAUCACAGACAUAAGCACAGACACAAGAAGAAUGGGCUGGAGGAAUCCGACUCCAAUCAGGAGAUGGGGCCGUCGUCAGAAACGCCCCUGCUGAAGGAGGAAAAACCAGAUUUUCUGAAUCGUUUUUCAGAGCAACCACCUCAGCAGAGAGUGAAGUUCAUUCUUGGUGAUGAAGGGGACGAAGAGCAUGUCUCCCACGAAGUCUUCACUGAGUUGGAGGAGCUGACGGUAGGAGGCGAUGGGGAGGAGUCAUGGAAAGAGAUGGCAAGAUGGAUCAAGUACGAGGAGGAUGUGGACGUAGGAGCUGAUAGGUGGAGUAAGCCUCACAUAGCCACCCUCCCUCUACACAGUCUGUUUGAGCUCAGGAGUUGUCUGAUGUCUGGUACCGUGUGCUUGGACAUGGAGGCUGAAGAUCUCUUACAAAUAGCUGAUAUUGUGCUGGACAAACUGAUCGCAUCCAACCAGCUGGAAGAGGAGAAGAGGGACCAGGUGCGGGAGGCGUUGCUACGGAAACAUCAUCACCACGGCCAGAAGAAACACCGGGAGAAACGCGGGAGCAGCAUCCUGCCAAUGAUCCGCUCACUGACGGACAUUGGGCGGAGUCUGUCGGGAUCCGCCAGUAAUGGGAGCAGUAUGGAACAAGCUGCCCAUAUGCAGUCCACAGCGGCCUCAACGCCCAACUUCUUACACCAUCAUAACUCGGGCACCCACCUGUCUGUAGACAGCAACGAAGACACAACAGGUUCAAGGAAGGAGAGCUCUGCAUCGACAAGCAAUCUACCAAAAGUAGCCAGUGCCACAAGCAUGAGGGCAAAAAGCAACUUCAUGCGUAAGAUCCCCGCCGGUGCCGAGGCCUCCAACGUCCUGGUAGGCGAGGUGGAUUUCCUGUCUCGUCCAAUCAUAGCAUUCGUCCGGCUGGCCCAGUCCGUCCUCCUAGAGGACCUGACGGAGGUCCCUAUCCCUACCAGGUUCCUCUUCAUCAUGCUGGGACCGCACUGCGAGGAGGAGACCAGGUAUCAUGAGAUCGGCCGCUGCAUCGCCACGCUCAUGUCGGAUGAGGUCUUCCACGGUGUGGCCUACAAGGCCAAGACGGUGGAGGAUCUGCUGGCCGGGAUUGAUGAGUUCAUGGACCAGGUCACAGUCUUACCCCCUGGUGCGUGGGAUCCUGAUAUUCGCAUUGAGCCGCCGAAAACGGCGCCCCCUGUAUCCCAUCGGCUGAACAGCGUCGCGCCGCUCAACGGCCACGUAGAGGCAAUCGAGGAGGAGAAGAAACACGAAGGGCUGGAUUUCACGGGAAGACCAUUCGGUGGGCUUGUCGCCGACGUGAGACGUAGACUUCCACAUUACCUGAGCGACUACCGGGAUUCCUUACAUCUACAAUGUGUUGCCUCCAUCUUCUUCAUGUACUUUGCUUGCAUCACCCCCGUCAUUACGUUUGGUGGGCUACUGGGUGAGGCAACGGACAAUCUGAUGGCCACACUAGAGGGUCUCCUUGGGUCAGCCAUAUGUGGAGUGGGCUUCGCGCUGUUCUCAGGCCAGCCACUGACUAUCCUCGGCAGCACAGGUCCCAUUCUGAUCUACGAGAAAAUCCUGAUCGGCUUCUGCAGGUCCAAUGAUCUGGACUACUUGUCGUUUCGGUUUUGGAUCGGCCUGUGGACAACCCUGAUGGUCAUCAUCUUGGUUGCAUGUGACGCCAGCGCGAUGGUCAAAUACUUCACCCGCUUCACUGAGGAGAGUUUCUCCAGUCUCAUCUCCUUCAUCUUCAUCUAUGAAGCCAUCCACAAACUCAUUAAUAUUUAUGAAACAAACCCAGUCGCAAGAUGGCCCAACGAUAACGUUACGUACGAGUGCGACUGCGUGAUAGGGAACACCACUACGGAUUGGCUGGACAAAGAAAUCAAAGACUGCGAAAAACUCGACGGCGAAACAAUAGGCAACUUUUGUGGGCAUCAUGUGCCAAAGAACGAUGUGUUUCUGAUGUCGGUCCUCCUCAUGCUGGGCACAUUCACAAUCGCAUUCAGCUUGAAAAAGUCACGCAAUACACCAUUUUUUCCAACGAUUGUGCGCACUACAGUCAGUGAUUUUUCAGUAUUCUUGGCUGUUGUGGUAAUGAUAGGUGUGGAUAUUCUGUUUGGCGUGAACACACCAAAGCUUGAGGUCCCAAGCACCUUCCAGCCCACAUCCGAGAAGCGGGAUGGCUGGCUUGUACCGCCGUUUGGUAGGAAUCCAUGGUGGACGGCCCUAGCUGCGUUUCUGCCGGCUUUACUGGCACUCAUCCUGAUCUUCAUGGAUCAACAGAUCACAGCAGUUAUCGUCAACAGAAAAGAGAACAAACUCAAGAAAGGAGUGGGCUUCCAUCUGGACCUGCUAGUCGUGGGCUUGUUGCUGGGUCUGUGCACCAUUCUGGGCUUGCCCUGGUUCGUAGCGGCUACCGUCCUGUCCAUCAACCACGUCAGCAGUCUCAAGGUGGAGUCGGAAUGCAAGGCUCCGGGGGAACGACCCAAGCUGAUUGGCUGUCGAGAGCAGCGAGUGACAGCAUUGGUUGUAUUCAUCCUAAUCGGUUUGGCCACACUCAUGACGUCUGUUCUUUCGCUUAUUCCAAUGCCAGUGCUGUAUGGUGUGUUCCUCUUCAUGGGUAUCUCCUCAUUGGCGAAUGUACAGUUUGUGGAUCGUCUGAAGCUGUUUUUGAUGCCGCCAAAGCAUCAACCAGAUUACAUCUACCUGCGUAACGUGGGACUCCGCCGGGUCCAUUUGUUUACGUUCAUCCAGCUGUCUUGUCUAGUCAUUCUAUGGGUCAUCAAAUCAACGGAUGCAGCUCUUGUGUUUCCUAUCAUGGUAUUGGCUGUGGCGGUUAUUCGGAAGCUGAUUGAGAAAGUCUUCAGCCAGCGGGAGCUGGAGAAUUUGGACGACGUGAUGCCAGAAAUUGUCAAGCGGGCCAAGCAUGACCAGAAGAAGGCUGCAGAAGAAGAGGCUAAAACCACCAAGUGUGAGGAUGCCAUUGUUGGAGGGCGUGUCCAGCUUCCGCUCGCAGGAGGCAAUGUCCUGACGAUACCGGUGGACAAGGUCAACUUUAAUCGUGAAGCGGGAACUCUUAACAUCUCGGAAGAGAUGGCCAAGACUGGCAUCUGGAAGGCACUAGCAUGCAACACCAGGGACAACGCAGCCGCAGCGGCAGCGCACAGAAAUCAUAGUGGGAGGGAUGAAACGGAUGCACAGAAACGGAUGCACAAUAUGCCACUCAAGCAGGAGAAAUUCAGCCCGGACAUAGAGAAACUACCGACCAUCGACGAUGAGGAGGGAGCCUCGAUACCCUACCGUCAGCCCACGGGCAGCAUCUCCGGCGAGAUCACCUUCAACGUGCCCAAGUUUACCCUGGGCGGCGACAGCGAAACUUCCGUCUGAUCCUACCCCAAGCUUUCCCUCCGUAUUGUGUUUCCUCAGCUCAGGAGUUACCUCAGUAAUUAUCCGGGAUAAGUCGCCCAAUAAUGUAUCCCAAAUAGGCUCUUUGUAUCAAGUAUUGGUCGCAGGAUUCUGACUAACUUUCCCCGAAUCAUUCCACUAUGAGUUAUCAUCGCUGAUGAACGACACGUAUUUCUGCUAACUUCAUUACAUGAAAAACUCUAGUGAAGUUGUUCAAAAUCCCUCAAGUAGUACAUGAUUCAAUGGGAAUAUUGCUGAUAAAUCUUUCCUCACCACAUUGCGGAUAUUUAAUGGGAGGAGUCUUGAGAAACCCAUCGCUGCGCUCAAUAUAACUCUUGACUUGUGAUCCUUAGUAGAUAUCAUAACAGACUAAGGUCAUGUAAGACGUAUUUUAACUUGAUAACCUUGAUACACCAAACAAAAUUAGUCUUUUUCCCAAAAACUUGAAUUGAGGGAAUUCGUAGAGUUUAACCCUUUUUCCAUAGUCAGACGUAUUUAUAUAAAUUGAUCACGCCCUUUGUGUUGUUCAUGAUGUACGGAUACCGGUAUGUCUGUCAUGGAAUGUCAUUCUUAAAUUGUUUGUACACACCCUACUUCAGUAAUUCCACAAUAUUUUUUUUUUAACUCUUGAACGGAGACCCAAAUGGUGUACUUCUUAAGACUGGAUUCGGUUUGCAUCAUUUGCCAUUAGUCAGUGGUUUAUUUGUAAGUGCUAACCCACACUUUGAAAAGACGCCUUUGUGAAAUGGGGUCAUUUGAGUUUAAAUGUAUUGAAGGAUAAAAGUUCUGUAGGAUCGGGAAGUAAAAAUAAAUUGAUACAAUGCAAUAAACUCACAAAGGUUUUUAAAACCCAAGGCUUGUCCCAAGUUGUUGGAUAAAUGCCUCUGGAUUGGUGGCAUGGUACAAAUGUAAUAGCCGCUCUUGUUUUCUAGUUGUUAUAAGUUGAACAAAGAAAUUGACUGGUGUGGGAUAAGAACCUGCAACCUCCG